AUUCAUGAGGUAAUAAUAACAUCAUUGGUCUUCUUUUUUGGGCAGCGUGAGAUCGGACAUCGAAACAAAACACAUUGCUCUCAUCUUAUCCCCGUCCUCCGUCGCGAUGGAAACGCCGAAGACUUCUUCUCUCAUCCCCAGCUUCCUCUACUCCUCAUCUCCGAGAUCUAUUCUCCGCGAUUCCAAUGCCGCGUUCUCAUCCCCCAUUCUCGAGAAGUCUCGUUCAUCUCCGGCCGCGACGAUGGUGUCUCGGAAGAGUUUCCUAAUUGCGUCUCCCACGGAGCCAGGGAAGGGGAUCGAGAUGUACUCGCCUGCCUUCUACGCCGCGUGUACCUUCGGCGGAGUUCUCAGCUGUGGUCUGACUCAUAUGACCGUCACCCCUCUCGAUCUCGUCAAGUGCAAUAUGCAGAUUGAUCCGGCCAAGUACAAGAGCAUCUCGUCUGGUUUUGGGAUUCUGCUGAAGGAGCAAGGAGUCAAAGGCUUUUUCCGUGGAUGGGUUCCUACUUUGUUGGGUUACAGUGCUCAGGGUGCUUGCAAGUUUGGAUUUUACGAGUUCUUUAAGAAGUACUACUCCGAUCUUGCUGGACCUGAGUUCGCUGCCAAAUACAAGACCCUCAUCUACCUUGCUGGUUCUGCUUCCGCUGAGGUCAUUGCCGAUGUUGCACUUUGCCCUUUUGAAGCUGUUAAGGUCCGUGUUCAGACACAGCCUGGGUUUGCUAGGGGGAUGUCUGAUGGGUUUCCCAAGUUUGUCAAGUCCGAAGGAUACGGAGGCUUGUAUAAGGGUCUUGCUCCACUCUGGGGACGUCAGAUUCCUUACACAAUGAUGAAGUUUGCUUCCUUUGAGACCAUUGUUGAGAUGAUCUACAAGUACGCAAUCCCCAACCCAAAACACGAGUGCAGCAAAGGUCUGCAACUCGGGGUGAGUUUUGCCGGAGGUUAUGUUGCUGGAGUGUUCUGUGCAAUUGUCUCUCACCCCGCAGAUAAUCUUGUUUCGUUCCUAAACAAUGCUAAGGGAGCAACCGUUGGAGAUGCGGUGAAGAAGAUUGGAAUGGUGGGACUGUUUACAAGAGGGCUUCCUCUAAGAAUUGUGAUGAUAGGGACAUUGACUGGAGCACAAUGGGGUUUAUAUGAUGCUUUCAAAGUGUUUGUUGGCCUGCCAACCACCGGUGGUGUUACUCCAGCCCCUGUCAUCGCAGCUGCUGAAGCCUAAGACUAAAUGAUGAUGAUUAAAAAAAAAAACUUAGGAUUUUUGUUUGAAAGAAUAAAGAGAAACGUAUGGCAAUGAGGAAGAGUAAAGCUCAUCCUCUGGAUUCCAACUUGAUUCAUUUUUUUGGAAAUUUGUGUUCUUGAAUUGACGAUAGUGCUCUCUCUUUUCACAAUACUAUCUCCCUAUUUUUGUUUGUGUGAUGUAAUCUUAAAAGAUGAGCGGUACACACGCUAAGAUUGAGAGUGUGGGCACACCCACUCACUACUUUUGUUCUUUUUCAUUUGGAAAAAUCUCUUUUGGUAGCU